AUGUCUUGUUCGAGUUUUGAGAAAUAUUUUAUUACUUCUAUCUUUAUAAAAAUUUUACUUUUUCCAGCCUAUAGAUCAACAGAUUUUGAAGUCCAUAGAAAUUGGAUGGCUUUAACAUAUAGUCUUCCAUUAUCUAAAUGGUAUUAUGAAAAUACCUCGCAAUGGAUGCUAGAUUAUCCUCCAUUUUUUCCCUGGAUGGAAUAUUUGUUUUCUUUGUUUGGACAGUGGAUAGAUCCAGAGAUGUUAAAAAUUACUAAUGUUAAUUAUGCAAGUAAUAAAACCAUAUAUUUCCAGAGAUCAACUGUUAUUAUUACAGACUUUAUGUUGAUAUAUAGUUUAAGAAAAUAUAUUCAAUUAAGUUCUUCAGAAAAAAAGUUAACUAAAAUUAUUGCUAUUUCUAUUGUUUUCUCCCCGGGAUUUUUUAUUGUUGAUCAUAUUCAUUUUCAGUACAAUGGAUUUUUAUAUGGAUUGCUUCUUUUAUCAAUUUGUUAUGCUAAGAAUUCUGAUAAAAUUUUAAAAAGUAGCGUUAUUUUUUCCGUUUUAUUAUGUUUUAAGCAUCUCUUUCUUUAUCUGGCUCCUGCAUAUCUUGUAUAUGUUCUGCGUGUAUACUGUUUACGCUUAGACAUGAGAGGAAUUAAUGUCAAAAAUACUAUUAAGUUAAUUGUUUCAAAUCUUUUUGUUAUAACAUUAGCCUUUGGUCCAUUUGUAUAUUAUAACCAAUUAAGUCAAAUAAAAUCUAGGCUUUUUCCAUUUUCAAGGGGUCUAACUCAUGCUUACUGGGCACCCAACAUAUGGGCCCUGUAUUCUUUUAUUGAUAGAGUUUUAAUUGCAUUAGCUCCACAUUUGAAUAUUGUAGUUAAACAAGAGGCAGCAGCUUCCUUAACUAGAGGAUUAAUAGGCGAUACCUUUUUUGGAAUUCUUCCUAAUAUUACGCCUACAACAACUUUUAUUGUUACAUUUUUUUUUCAAAUGAUUUAUUUGGCUAAAUUAUUUAUAAGACCUACAUAUAAUGUAUUUCUUGGAGCAAUUGUACUUUGCGGGUUUUCAUCUUUUAUUUUUGGAUGGCAUGUUCAUGAAAAGGCGAUACUUAUGGUUAUAAUUCCAUUUAGUCUUCUUGCUCUUAAGGAUAGAAGAUAUUUUACAGCAUUUUGUCCUUUGGUUGUUGCAGGAUAUGUUUCUCUUUUUCCUUUAAUUUUUACACCAUUAGAAAGCUUUAUUAAGUUUGUAUAUACUAUAGCCUGGUUACUAGUAUUUCUUGUGCCUUCUGACAUUAUGGUACCUGCAUCGACAAAGAGAAUUUUUCUUUUAAACCGUGCCUCUACCUUUUACAUUUCUAUGUUUAUUCCACUUUUUAUUUACACUACUUUUUUUCAUAAUUUAAUAUUUGGGUCAACAGGAAAAUAUGAAUAUUUUCCAUUAAUGUUAAUUAGUAUAUAUUGUUCUUGGGGUAUUUUAUGCUCAUGGUUUGGGUUUUCGUUGUUAUACCUUACAGAUUUAUCAUGA